GGGCUGGAGGCUCCUGCAGCUGCGGUGCCUGCCCGUGUCUCGUUGCCGACCACCCCUGGUGGCACGUCCCUUCCAUGUGUCAGCUGUGGGGCUCAGGUCUUCAGAGGAGCAGAAGCAGCAGCCUCCCCCCUCUUUUUCUCAGCAGCAUUCUGAGACACAAGAGGCAGAAAAACCCCACCCAGAGUCUUCUCGUUCACCCCCCAGGUAUACAGACCAGGGCGGUGAGGAAGAGGAGGACUAUGAGAGUGAGGAGCAGCUGCAGCAUCGCAUCCUGACAGCGGCCCUGGAGUUCGUGCCCGCCCAUGGAUGGACAGCAGAGGCCAUUGCAGAAGGAGCCCAGUCUCUGGGUCUCUCCAGUGCCUCAGCCAGCAUGUUCGGGAGUGACGGCAGUGAGCUGAUACUGCAUUUUGUGACCCAGUGCAAUGCCCAGCUCACCCGUGUGUUGGAAGAGCAGCAGAAGCUGGUGCAGCUGGGCCAGGCCGAGAAGAAGAAGACAGACCAGUUCCUGCGAGAUGCAGUGGAAACCAGACUGAGGAUGCUGAUCCCGUACAUCGAGCACUGGCCUCGGGCCCUCAGCAUCCUCAUGCUCCCUCACAACAUCCCGCCCAGCCUGAACCUGCUCACCAGCAUGGUGGAUGACAUGUGGCACUACGCCGGGGACCAGUCCACUGACUUUAACUGGUACACCCGCCGAGCCGUGCUGGCUGGCAUCUACAAUACGACCGAGCUGGUGAUGAUGCAGGACUCCUCCCCAGACUUUGAAGACACUUGGCGUUUCCUGGAAAACCGGAUUAACGACGCAAUGAACAUGGGCCACACUGCCAAGCAGGUGAAGUCCACUGGAGAGGCCUUAGUGCAGGGGCUCAUGGGGGCAGCGGUGACGCUCAAGAACCUAACAGGUCUGAACCAGCGCCGGUGAGAAGAAAGGUGUAAGCUCAGGUGCCUGGAAGGAAGUGAGUGGAGAGACUGAAAGGGCUUUGAGAAAUACGAAGCGCCAUCCACGUAGCAGGGUGUUCACGAGAACUGCCACAGCCGCUGGGAAACCUCAAGGCACUUGACGAUACUGUCCUGUUCCGGGAUUGGACUGCUCCUCCAUUUCUGAUACCAAGCCAAUCCUCCUGGUGCCUUUCUGCAUCGCAGCUGUAUGACUGAAAAGUGGGACUCAUCCAAACAUUCACAGAAACCCAGCACAUCCCUGUCAUGGUCUCGGGCACCUGGAUCCAUUUAUCUUUCCUAGAAAUGCUCUAGGGCUCCCAGAGUUAAGGUCCGAAGCCACCACAAGGUGGCAGCUCAUCCCCAGCACAGCACAGGCAUGGGCACACACAGGCGGUCCUUGGAGCCUCUUCCCUCUGGGUGUCCUCGGAGGCUGCUCCUGGGAUCACCCUGGAGAGCUGCCUCACCUGAGACAGGUGUCUGCUGGGCGGUGAUGCGCAGCCUGCCAGAGGGCUGACUCCGGGCCUGGGGUCACAUCACACUAGUACAUAUUGCAGAAUUAUUAGUGCAUUUAGAGCCUGUAAAAACAAUGAAUAAAUAUGUUUGAAUCAGU